UGUGAAUUUAUUGACGUGGAACAAAGCAAGGAUAACGAAUGAAUGCAGCAAAAAAGUUUAAAAGUCGUCGCUUUCUGAGCAACAAUGGGAAAAACCCCCCAGCCAAAUCCCACCAAAGCAUCAAGCAUAAACAGCCACUCUUGUGAUGCUCCGAGUCUUUUGGAAAAGGUUUAAAUCGCUUGACCUCUGCUCCGACUGAUCCUCCGUCUUGGCAGAUUUAGCUCGGGAUUUAUCUGUCAGGAUGUCGUGUGGUGGCUUCGCGUCGCUCUGAGUCGCGUUCUUGACCAAAAUGGCCAGAAAAACCACGCGAGGGCAGCGAGCCCUUCCCACCAUGUCCAGCCAAGACACAGCAGAUUUUCCAGCCCCGAAACGGAAAAAGAAGAAGCCGAGAAAAGACGCAAACGGAGAAGGAGACGUGGACGAUCAGGAAAUGGAGAUGGGAGGGCUGGGCAGCCGGAGGGCGUCCGAGGUCGGAGAUCACCCGACGCUCGAAGCCACGGCAGACGCUCCGACGCAGAGGAAGCGGAAGAAGAAGAAAGCCGUGUCCACAGAUCCGGAAGACAACCAGGCCGACCUGGUCAACGGAGACACAGGAGAUCAGACCACCGACGGGGAAGAAGUGGUGAAGAAAGUCAAAAAGAAAAGGAAGUCAAAGGUCGCAGAGUCGCCGCUUCCCGACGAGUUUUGCGUGGAAGAGGACGACAUCAUCAACGACAGCUGUUCGCCGAUCCCCCAGCAGGCCUUGUUCUCGGCGCCGCAGGGUCAGAGCCAGCCGGUCGGGAAGCUGUUUGUAGAGAGAACCAAGCGGUUCCAGGCCGCCGAGCGUUCCGACUGGAGGACGACGACGGGCGAGCAGAUGGACGGCUUGGCCGAGCCGCAGCACAUGCUGCCGCUCUGGACCACCAGAGACGUUUCCAUCCGAGUGCACGAAGGCUUCAGGGUGUUCGGCCUGUACUGCCACGGCUUCCUGGCCGGCUACGCCGUGUGGAACGUGGUGGUGGUCUACAUGCUGGCCGGGCAGCACCUCACCGCGCUGCGCAACCUGCUGGAGCAGUACCACGGCCUGGCCUACCCCUCGCAGGCCCUGCUCUACAUGCUGCUGGCCAUCUGCACCGUCGCCUCCUUCGACAGGGUGAACCUGGCUAAAGGUCCGGUGGCUCUGCGGCAGUUCAUCACUCUGGAUCCGGUGGCUCUGGCUUCGUUCUUGUAUUUCUCUGCUUUGAUCCUUUCUCUGAGUCAGCAGAUGACCAGCGAUCGGAUCAACCUCUACGCGUCCUCCAACUCGACGAUAUGGCCUCAAGGGUCGGAGCACCAGAUCCUCCACCCGUGGGUGACCAUCAACCUGGUGGUGGCUCUGCUGGUGGGCUUGGCGUGGAUCUUUAUCGCCACCAGGCCGGAGACAGACUACACCGAGGGUUAUCUGAGGGCGAUGGAGGUUGAGCCGGCAAGGCCGGAGGACAAGCCAGAAAUGACUGGCUGAAAAAAAAAAAAAAAACGGAGCAACCGUUAAUCUCUAAUAACUGCAGCUUUGUCGACAUCUGUGAUUGUAUUAGAGAUGAAUUUUUUAGUUGUUGUUUGUAUUUUUCAAACGUGCUUGUCUCUUAAAAUAUAGAGUUUAAAGUAAUCCAACGACGGCUUUUCUGUACGUCUGAUAAAAUAUGAGAUUUAUGAAAUGAAAUCCACCAGAUGUCCAGAUCCAUUUUUUUUUUUAAGUUUCUUUUUUUGUUUUGUUUUUUCACUCACAAAUAUAGGUCAAAUAUAUGACCACUUUAUUUUCUUCAUAUUCUUCUAGUUAUUUAAUUUGAUUGGUGUUUUUUAGUCCCAACACUCCAUCCAAUAGGGAUCAAGAUAUUUAAACACAUUGUUUACGUUGAAAUAUUUUAAUUUGUACAAAUAAAGGUGUUAUGAGUUGUAGAUGAUUUUCAUUAUUGGAAGAAAAUGUCAAGAUAAACUAAUUAAAUAAAUAAAUCCCUGAACUCA